GCCCAUCCAGAGCACACCAAGUUUCUGCAUAACAGUAUCUUUCAUUCCUGGAUAGCCCAACUAACGAACAAAUGGACACAGAAAAUAAGAGCAGAGCAGAUCUUGCUCUCCCAAACCCACAGGAAUCCUCCAGUGCAGCUGACAUUGAACUCUUGGAAGCAUCUCCUACUGUGAAAGCUCUACCAGAGAAGCCAGCCCCACCCCCACCACAGCUGACAUGGCAGACAUUUCUGAAGAAAGAGUUGGAGUUCCUGGGAGUAACACAAAUUCUGGUUGGUUUGGUAUGCCUUUGUUUUGGAACAGUUGUCUGCUCCGUACUCCACAUGUCAGACUUUGAUGAUGAAGUGGUUUUAUUAUAUAGAACAGGCUAUCCAUUCUGGGGUGCAGUGCUGUUCGUUUUGUCUGGAUUUUUGUCGCUUAUAUCCGAAAGAAAAAACACACUGUAUCUGAGAGAUAGUCCUCCUUUUGGAAUCUCCAGAUCUCAUAAAAUAGAGUUCUGCACUAAGGAAGAACUGGUGUUGAUGAUGCUGUUUCUCACCAUCCUGGCCUUUUGCAGUGCUGUGUUGCUCACUAUCUAUAGGAUUGGACAAGAAUUUGAAAGUAAUAAGGUCCCAGAUGAUCGCCUUUAUGAAGAAUUAAAUGUGUAUUCACCAAUUUACAGUGAGUUGGAAGACAAAGGGGAAACAUCUUCUCCAGUUGAUUCAUAGAAUCAGGGGACCAGGACAAUCUGACUCACAGUAUAAUCUUGGAAGUUGAUCUUUUUCAACAUUAUGGCAAAGUUUCUGAUUGCUCCACGCUCUUGUCAGUUUUCCAAUUAGAUUGUUCUGCAGAUGCCAUAUCUUAGUUAUGCUAUGUCUGGUCUUCUAAAUAUCUCCCUUUUGUGGAUAUCAUUCA